UGUUUAUUUUUAUUUACCUUAUUGGAUUGGAUAUCUCUCUGAAAUAGAUUCUUCAUACUUAUUUAAUUAAAAACAAAUUAUAAAAUAAGUAUGGGACAAGGAAAGAGUCAGUUUUCAGAGGAAGAACUUCAAGAUUACGAAGAUCUGACAUAUUUUACUAAAAAGGAAGUGUUGUAUGCUCAUCAAAAAUUUAAAGCUUUAGCCCCAGAAAAAGUUGGACAUAAUAAAAAUGCUAAAUUACCAAUGGCAAAAAUUCUACAAUAUCCGGAGCUGAGAGUUAAUCCAUUUAGAGAUAGAAUAUGUAAAGUGUUCAGUUCAAGCAAUGACGGUGACUGUACAUUUGAAGAUUUCCUUGACAUGAUGUCAGUGUUCAGUGAAACAGCUCCAAAAGCAGUCAAAGCUGAACAUGCUUUCAGGAUAUUUGACUUUGAUGGUGAUGACAUGAUCGGAGUGUCUGAUCUACGUGAAGUCAUCAAACGUCUCUGUGGACCGGAACACAAGCUGAGUGACUCUGAAAUCCAACAACUGGUCCAGAAUGUGCUAGAAGAAGCUGACCUUGAUGAUGAUGGGGCUCUAUCUUUUGCAGAAUUUGAGCAUAUCAUUGACAAGAGCUCAGAUUUCUGUCACUCAUUCCGUAUAAGACUGUGAAAGAAUACUCAUAUUUAAGGAAUACAAAGACACAUUUCAUACAUUAAGUUAAUCUCAUUAGAUAAUUUAAUAGUGUAUUAUUUAUGAAUGUGUAGCUAAAGGAAAAAUACUCUUUGGUACAAUGUGUUUCACUAAUGUUGAUAAAAUAACAUAUUAUCUAGAUGUAAGAGAGGAUGUAAAAAAUUUUUAGUGAAUGUUUUAAAAAAUGUUCAAAUGUUUCAGUGUAAUUUUUAUAAAUUUUCUCCCAAAUAUUAAGCAUAUUUGCUUAUAAUUUUAAAGUUAAGACUUCCAACAUGCACUUCUUUUCUUAAAUGGUUUGUAUUUUUGUGUUUUUUUUUAAUUUAUUCAAUGUAUUUUUUUUAUAUUACUGAAUCUCAUGACUGAUCUUAUUUACAAGUAUAAAAAGAUUUUUGGUUAAAUGUGUUGAGUAUAUUAAAAUUGUAAUUUGAUAAUUAAAUGUUUUACCAAUGAAAUAUUAAUUUUUAAUUAUUAACACCACAUUAAACAUGUUCAUAAAAUGGGGAAAUUAAUAAAACACUACAUUUAUUAGUAUAAAAAUAUUUAUUCAACUUAAUAAAAAGUGACAUC